GCCUCGUGCGCGGGUGGGGCUGCCGGUGCCGCCGCGGCCCGUUCCCGCUGCCGCUCCUCCCCCGCUGCCCGCCAUGGCUGUCCGCGCCAGCUUCGAGAACAACAACGAGCUGGGCUGCUUCGCCAAGCUGACCAACGCCUACUGCCUCGUGGCCAUCGGCGGCUCCGAGAACUUCUACAGCGUCUUCGAGGGGGAGCUGUUCGGGACCAUCCCGGUGGUGCACGCCUCCAUCGCCGGCUGCCGCAUCAUCGGCAGGAUGUGUGUGGGAAACAGGCACGGGCUGCUGGUGCCCAGCAGCACCACAGACCAGGAGCUGCAGCACAUCAGGAACAGCCUCCCCGACUCGGUGCGCAUCCAGCGGGUGGAGGAGCGGCUGUCGGCCCUGGGCAACGUCACCGCCUGCAACGACUACGUGGCCCUGGUGCACCCAGACCUCGACAGGGAGACAGAAGAGAUCUUGGCAGAUGUCCUGAAGGUUGAGGUUUUCAGACAAACGGUAGCAGAUCAGGUGCUGGUAGGAAGUUACUGUGUUUUUAGUAACCAGGGAGGAAUUGUGCAUCCCAAGACAUCAAUUGAUGACCAGGAUGAGCUGUCUUCUCUGCUCCAGGUCCCACUCGUGGCCGGGACGGUGAACCGCGGCAGCGAGGUGAUCGCGGCGGGGAUGGUGGUGAACGACUGGUGCGCCUUCUGCGGGCUGGACACCACCAGCACGGAGCUCUCUGUCAUCGAGAGCAUCUUCAAGCUGAACGAGGCUCAGCCCAGCACCAUUGCCACCAACAUGAGAGACUCCUUGAUUGACAGCUUGACAUGAGCAGUGUUGGUCCCUGCUUCCCAGAAAGCUCCUAAGGAGCAAGAUGUCAAGAUGCACUUUGGAUCUCAGACACCCAGACCUUCUGAUGUUUCUGCAGGCCUAGCCCAAGGCUUCAAAACCCACUUUUUGUAGUGAUUUGUAAGCUAAGUGUUAUUCCAGAACCUGACAACUCGUGUACGCGAAUUACAAACAAGGAAUGCUCUCUCUGCCCUUGC